AGGCGACAAGAGAGGACAGAGAAAACAAUCUCGUUGAUGGACGCCUCGUUUCGCACCUCGGUGGAAGCGGACGUAAAACACAACUAACAAGUAGUAGUAGGACGCCUCGUCACAAUACACCUGAACGAUUUAAUACUUACAAUACCGAUCGUGUCAUCAUGAACAUUUUCCUUGGAGGAUUCUGGUUUUUGUGCAUCUUGUGUGCUUUUCUGUAUUUGUACACUAGAUCGACAUUAUCCUCCGUCAACAAUGUGAAUUUCAACCAGUUUCAGCGAUCAUAUUUGAUGGUUUAUUUACUUGCAAUGGCUGGUGAUUGGCUACAAGGUCCACAUGUGUAUGCCCUGUAUGAGAAUUAUGGUAUGACAACACAUCAAAUAGACAAAUUAUUUGUCGCAGGAUUUGGUUCCAGUAUGAUGGUUGGAACAAUCGUUGGUUCCUUUGCUGAUAGAUAUGGAAGGAAGACAAACUGUGUUUUAUAUGGUGUCCUCUAUGGUCUCGCUUGUGUAACUAAGCAUUUUAAUAAUUUUUGGAUAUUGAUGUUGGGUCGAUUAUUGGGUGGUACAGCAACAUCAAUAUUAUACAGUGCUUUUGAAUCAUGGUUGAUUUUUGAACAUAAUAAGAGGAAUUUUGAACCGGAACUGUUGAGUAAUAUUUUUAGUAAUGCUGUUUUGGGGAAUUCCCUUGUUGCUAUUAUUGCUGGUCUUGUUGCUCAAUACUUUGCUGAUAUGUUUGGAUUUGUGGCUCCGUUCGACCUAUCGAUGGGUGUUUUAACUGUGAUGAUUGUUAUAACUAUAUUCACAUGGCCUGAAAAUUAUGGAAACCAAUCAUCAGAUUUGUCGAGUUCAUUUAAAAAAGCCAUCACAUCAAUCCGAACAGAUCCUAAAGUAUUAUGCCUCGGUUUGAUUCAAUCAUUAUUUGAAGGAUCUAUGUAUAUAUUUGUAUUAGAAUGGACGCCAGCUUUGACCCCUCACACACUACCAGUUGCUAAAAACCCGGUCAUACUGAGAAAUCUUCUAGAAGAUAAAAUGACAGAAGAUGGACAUCGUGGAUCCAUACCACAUGGUCAUAUCUUUGCAGCAUUUAUGGUAGCUAUUAUGAUUGGUUCAUCUAUAUUUAAAUUAUUAACAAAAUAUACGUCAGUUGAAUCUUUUAUGAGAAUAGUUUUAUUAACGUCCGCAUUAGCUUUAUUGACACCUAUAUUUUUUGCUGGGAAUCAAACAGUAGUAUUUAUAGGUUUUCUAGUAUUUGAAGCAUGUGUCGGUAUAUUCUGGCCAUCUCUUGGUACAAUGAGAGGAAAAUACGUCCCAGAAGAAACAAGGGCAACUAUUAUGAACUUCUUUAGAAUUCCAUUAAAUCUUAUAGUUAUUAUCAUAUUACUACAGGAUUUAAGUAUGUCUGUGAUAUUUAGAUGUUGUGCAGUAUUUUUAUUGAUAGCUGCUAUGUGUCAACAGUGGUUAUACAGAAAAGAGACUUUUGGUUUACCUAGUAAAAAAUAUCGGGAAACCCUGCUUGUAUAGAGAACUGCCUAAACCCUUGGAUGAGUUAAAGGAUGGGCAUAAACUAGGACAAGAGGAGAAGGUCCCACUGAAAGAGGUUGAAGGAGAUAUGAUCAUAUAGACAAAGAAGUACCGAUUGCAAAUCUGGAUAUAUCAGGGGGUUACAAGUGGAAAUCUCAUGCUGUACCCUGAUUUUAUCAUAAUCGCCAAUUGUAUUCUGUAUUUUGACUACUGGUUAGAAUGAAUUGUGCUUGUGUUUUAUAUUAUCAUAGCUAAAAACACCAUUGAAGUUAUAUUGGAAUAGGUCUACUAAGUGCAUUACUUUGAUUAUAAUGAUUAACCACACAUAAUCAGUGAUAAUUCAGCCAUAGAAAUUAAUGUAACUUAAGUGAAUAUCCAAAAUAGGAUCACUGAACAUUUCUCUCCUCUCUGAUUUUUUUUUCUGAUAGUUUACUGAAUAAACCUCAAAUUUUUCUCUUCAGUAAUAUCUUUUGUUGAUUACAGCCAAUGAAGGAUGCCAUGUUUUUCAUGUAAAAUAAUUAGCUUAGUAAUGACCAUAACAAUUCCUGUAUUGUUCACAGAAUCAUAGUCUUUCAUUUGGAAAAAAACAUCUUCAAUUUUAUAUCUAAAAUCCAAGCACAAUUUGUUUAUUUUAACAUAUACUAUGGGAUUAAGAACCCAAUUUUAUGGCAGUCCCCAAAAAUGUGAAAUUUGGGAGUUUAGUUGACUGACUGAUUCUAAUCCGAAUUAGAAUUCUGCAUAAAUCAAUGAUCAUAUAUUUCUGGAUUGACCUCAUAAUUGACAAAUUAUUUUUGUGUCAUUGAGUAGAUAUCUUAAAAGAUGGAUUGUCUCUUUAAAACCUCAAUUCAGAAUAAUCUAGAUCCUUUAUGGUUGCAAUCAGUUUAUUAUUAAGUAUAGAGGUUUGAUAUCAUAAUUUAUUACAGUUAAUAAUACAUGUAGAUGUUUUCUUUGUCCAUGUAAAAGUCAAACAUUAUUUUUGUAAGACUGUAUAUAUGUAAAUUUUCACACUCACAUACUGCAUGUUCAUGAUGGCAGAUCAUGUACCCAACACACGAUGAUAGUACAUGAGGUUACAUAAAAUUACCUGACCAAUACUGUCUACUCAUAGAUGAGUCUAAGUUCACAUAUUCCAAAAAAAGGAUAAAAUCCCCAAAUUUAUUUGUAUUUAUUUCAUGAGCCACAUUGACUCAGUGAGUAAGGUAAUGGCUCAAUAACCUGGAGGUUCCAGGUUCGAUCCCAGUGUUAUCUGAGAAAGUUCAUUGGGAUUUUACAGCCCGUCUUCAUUAGCCUGGUGUAGGACGUUAAAAACCAUUUCAUAUUUAUUUAAAAUCAUUUCUGUUAAUGCUUUAACUCAAUAAAUAUAAACAAUAUACUAGUAAUCAUUGGAUAUUGUCUGCGAUAUCACCUCGGUGGAAGCGGACGUAAAACACAACUAACAACUAACUAAAUCAUUGGAUAGACAAAACAUGUAUAUACUGUGGUGUCAGAUCAGUCGGGACACCCUUAUAUUUUUACUACUACAACACAGCCAUAUUCCCCACCCCUAAAUUAUAAUGAAAUCUGCAGUUUUACUGAGAUAGAAAUUUAUGAUUUACUCAUCACAUUUAGUAGCUAGUCUCCUAUACACUAUUAAUGCCUUUUGGAAUUUCAAUUGCACCAUUUAUAUGCCCUUUGAAUUGUUUAUUGAGCUUUGUUACAUAACCACAUAUAUCAUUGUCAUUAUGUUAUACCCUUAAUUAUUCAUUGUUGAGUAUAAAGAGGUGGACACACUAGUAGUAUGAUUCGGCCGAAUCAAUCGGAGUCGAAAUUCACCCAGUGUGUCCACUGUCAUUCGGCCGAAUCAAACAUGGUUGAUAUAUUUGCCAAGUGUGUCCGCUUUGCUGAAGCAUUUGCCUGAUUGUAGAAUUAAUUAGCCGAUCUCCACUCAUCAUCCAAUCAUAUCGAGAAGUCACGUGAUUGUUUGAAGACAUGGUCACCGCCAAGUUUAAUCAUGUGACAUAAAGUUGAUUCAAUAGUCCGGUGAAUCGGGUGAAGGAUUUGCCUGGUGUGUCCACCCAUUCGGCCGAAUGAUUCGGCUAAUGUGUCCACCACUUUUAAGUUUUAAGCAUAAUAAUAUGCAUACGGAAGGAUAUGUAACUGAAGAGGUAUUAAUAUAAAAUAUAGUUAAAUUAUUUUGUUUUACAAAUUUUUAAAUAUAGUAUUAAUUACUUUUGAAAUAUAUUUUCAAUUAUAAUUAUACAUUGUACAGUGGGUUUUUACAUUUUUUUAAAAUUUGAUUAUAUUAUAUUCAUUAAUUUAUUUUUCUUGCUUUCUUCAAUAAUAUAUACUGAUGUCCAAAAGAAAGUAUACACACUAAAAGUAUGACUAAGUUUUGUUUAGAUUAAAAACAUUUGAUAAAGCAUUACUGAGUUUGUCUCUUGCAUCCAAACUCAACAUUUCUAAGCAAAAUAAAAAUGUGAAACAAAUUGACAUUCUACCCAAAUACCGUAUACCAUGGAAAAACGACUUUGGUUGAUGCAGCACAAAAUGCACAGUGUAUACUUUCUUUUGGACAUUAGUAUAUUAAUUAUGCCAGAUUCCAUUAGUUAAACAUAAUUGUUUUCUCCCUGUCAAAUCCUCAUUGAUAAUUUAUUAUUACCUACAUUCUUAUGGUAUCCAUGAAUGGGUCUAAGCCCUAAAGUUAGGAAUUAAUAUUCUAUUGUAAUGUGUGGCAUUUAAUUUUAAUUAGCACCAUUAUUGUUUAAUUGUGCAAUGGAUGGUUGAAUAUUUUUAAAGAUAUAUUCCCUCAAGCAUAAUCAAACUGUUCAACCCUAAAUCCCAAUAAAUAUAUUUUCAACUUUUAUAAAGUUUGAUAGUUGUAAUGGCAACAAAAAAGCCAAAUUAUAAACUCAAAAUGCAUGAUAAUUUAUAACCCACAAUACGUUCAUAUGACAGGAAAUACAUUACUUGGUAACAGAGGUAUUCAAUUAAUACAUAAACUUGUAGUAGUACUACAUAAUUGUGGCUAUUUUAGAUUGUCAAAAAAUCUUGAUAUCAAUUUCUUUUUUUUCUUGAUAGUUGGAUAUCUAUGAGCAUGUUUUGUCGCUAUGUAAAUGCACAUAUUAUUAUAAUGUAUGUUGAGGAAAUAUAUCUUUAAACCAUCAUUGUUAAAGGAGAUAGUUCAUGCAAUUCUAUAUUUAAACAAAAGAUAUAAAAUGAUGACAGCUAGUCAGAUUUUCACACCUUUAAUUCUAACCAAAUGUACUUAAUAGUACAGCUAGGUCAUAAAAAAUAAUUUACAGAAACUUCAAAUUAAUUAAGAAUGCAGAUGUGACAUCAUCAGUUUCUUCAGUAUUUCGUGGCCAAGAAUAAAAAUGUGGAUGGUUUUAGUUAAUCCUUCAACUUUGUUUAAUUUGUUGUCAAAAUCAACUGUUAGUCAUGUUUCUACCCUUUCGUAUUCUAACAAUUCCAUGUUUGGUUACGCCAGCCAUGUCACAAACAUAUCACUUUCACAUCAUUGGUGAUACUGAUAAUAUAAAAGUGUAUUUCAAUUAAGAUCUGUUCAAGUCUGCUUGAAUAAGGGCAGUACAUAUCAACCAUAUUUAAAAUCAUGCAAUCAUAUUUGUUUCUGAAAAGUUGUAGGCAUCUAUGUGGAAUUUAUUGUUAAGAUUAUUUGAGGGUAUUGUUGUUAAAAUAUAUUUUAUUUUUUGUGUUAUAUUUUUAAUAUAUUACGUUUGUGUCCUACACAUGUGGUACAUGUUGAGCAAUUAAAUUGGGAUUUUAGAAAAAUAAAAAAUGUUAAUUAUU